CGGAUUCUGGACCAAGAGUCAAGAUGGAUAGGAUCGCUGCUCUCCCGAUGGCUAUAAAGGCGGCCUGAUUCCCUCCCCGAAUCGUCUCUAUCAUCACUCACUCACUCUCAUCUUCAUCUUCAUCUUCCAUUCCAAGUUACUUUCCAACUUCUCUUCCUCACCAACCAACUCAAUCACCAUGCACUUCUCUCGCUUCUUCGUUGCUUCCGCGGCCGCUGCCACCGCCGCUGCCAUGCCUGCUGCCCAGGUCUCUGACAACGACACCUUCGGCGUCAUUGCCAUCCACUCCGGCAGUGGUGUCCAGAACGCUGGCUUCAACGCGGCCAAGAGCAGCCUGUUCGCCGGCCUGCCCAACCAGGGUGCCAGCUGUGCCCGCCCCAAGGAGCAGUCCGCUACCUUCUACAUCCAGGACGGCGCUCUCUACCUCUACGACGCCUCCGCUACUCCCCAGGAGAUCUACGUCGACCGUUCCGGCAUGGGCCAGGGCAAGAUCGGCUACACCACCGGUGCUCAGCCCACUCCCCGCAACGGUGAGCGUGAGGGCUGGGCCGUCAAGAACGGCCACCUCGAGUUCGACGGCAGCAGCCUGAUUGCCUGCCCCAACAGCAUCGACGGUGCCUGGAGCAUCUGGGCCUCCGCUGGUAACGCCAACCCCGGCGGCAACAAGGACUGUGUCGGCAUCGCCGCUCGUGUCAUCCCCACCACCAACCCCAACGGCUGCCGCUACACCGAGUAAAUGCCCAGCAUGCAUUGCCGGUCAUCCUUUCCCAUCCUGGGAUGUGAAUAAUACUUUUGUCGGGGAACCUGGCGCUUCCACAACCUAGAGACGGCAGAUAUCCUCAGCGAUACAUAUUGUUACCAAUGUAUAUAAAUAAAUCUUAAUCUAGCUAUUGAACAAACCUACUUGAUUUAUUUAAUUUUGC